AAGGCAGUCACGGACAUGAGAAAUAAAAAUAUUGAAGGUCUCUCUGGAGACAUGUUAAGUGACGACUUCAUCCGAAUUUUUCAACCUAUUUUCUUUAUUCUACGGGUAAUGGGACUUCUUCGAGUAAGCAUUAUGUAUAGGUAUCCAACACCACCAACCAUUCUCUAUCAGCUCUACAGCAUCGCUUUCUGGUUAUUCAACGUGGCGUGCGUAGCAUACUACUUACUGAACUGCGAAAAUGUAUUUGAAUCUCAAUACGCGAAAUCUACGUUAAAAAUUGGAGUCAUAAUGAACGCGAUAAAUGGCACGCUUCUUACAUUCCGAAAUAAUUCCUACAAAAGCUAUAAAAUGGGCCAGAUGUUCGUGAAACUGCAGAAAAUAGAACGGUGCCUGAAAAUGAAGAAUAGCACCAGUUCAAAUAAACAGUUUUCGAAUCAAACAUCUUUAUUAGUAUGGAUUUCAGGUGUUUUAUCGAUUUUUUGGCUUUUGAUACUGAAUGGGUUGUUUAUGCAGAGAACGUGUGCAGCCUUGUUAUUAACUCUGUUUAUGGGUGUUGCCAUACACAUUGAAGUAGCGCAAGGUACUUUCAUCAUCCGUUUAAUUACAAUAAGAGUUAAUUACAUAAAUAAUUUGCUACAUGAAAAGUCAAUAGCAACGAAGAAAUCUUUACAAAAUUCCUUAAGUGAAAGAAAAUUGUUUUACUUGAACUCAGCUGGAAUGACAGAAAAUGGAACUUUGGGUGAAUUGGUACCGGCCAUGCAUUGUAUUUUGGAUACUUUAGCAGAUUUUACUGAGCUUUUUCAGUUUUCGAUAUUUUGUUUCGUCUGCCAAAGCUUGGCCUGGAACUUGGUAGCUAUUUAUAACCUACUAUCUUCUAUAAGAGAACAGGUAAAAGCUGACUUUGAUUUGCUGCUGUAUGUUACGCCUUUUCUGAUGUUUACACACAUUGUAGUGCUGUCGUCAUGUCUUUAUACGCAACGCUUAUCAACAAGAUUGGAAAAAUCGAGAAAACUCUACAUUGACAUAAUCUCUACGUCUUACGAAGGCAAAUCCCGCGACUACGCUAAGCAAUUGAUAUUACUGGUUGAAGGAAGACGCAGCGUGUCCAUUUACAACAUUUAUACUUUAGGCACGCGGCUACCAGUACAUCUGCUAUCAAUCACGGCCAGUUACACAGUGGUGCUUCUACAAUUCGCUUUACUGUAA